AUGAAAAAACAAACUCGUGCUGCUAAAAAGAAGUUGAAAAAACUUCUGAAUCAAGGAUUUAGUUUGGAAGAAGCCCGGGAACAGCUCCAUCAAUGUAAUUCCCCGAAUUUCCAAAUUCCACGAUCGCAUCCAAGGAAUCUCCGGCCCACGGAAGGAGUCAUCAAGUUGGCUAUUAUUCCCGUGGGAUUUCCACAAGUGCUACUGACCAUCCAGCAGCUUGAAGACAUUGAAACAGCUAUACUGCAGUCGAUUGUGGAGCAGAGGAACGGAAAAUUAAAGCCACUUUUUGGUGGAUCCAAGUUCUAUCCGGGCUGGAUGACCGUGACCUGCAGGAACAUCAUCACGGCCCAGUGGCUGGAGGAGGACGUCGCAACCCUAAAGGUAAUGCCGGACAUCGAUCUGCUAACUGUACCUGCCUCGGCGAUUCCGCAGAAGGAGGUAUUUGUUGGGUAUUUCCCAAUCUCCCAAUGCGGCGACAAUCCCGACGUGAUCCUUGCUCUUCUCGCUGGUCAAAACGAAGGUCUCCGCGUGUCCGACUGGCGCAUAUAUAAUCGAAAACCGAAGGGACCUACCGGGCUGCUGAUGGCCAUCGCCCUGGAUCCCCAAUCAGCCGCCCAGGUGAGGCGCUUGGACUACAGGCUGUCCUUUUCUUUUGGCGAAAUCACACUGCUUCCCAGUCGUCGAAACUCAGCGAAGAAUAAAUGGAAAAAAUUCUUUGAGAUUGUAUAUGGUGAAGGUCAGCAAGAGCCGGAGGAGCCAAUUGAAGACUACUGGCAAUUUGUAGAAGAUAAUACCUACACGUACAAUCCAGAUACAGGCAUCGAAAAUUAUAGCGAUGGUUUAUUUUCUUUAGAGUUCGAAAACUUUUCUAUGAGUGUCCAAAGUUUUAAACAGUUUGAUUAUUCAAACACUGAGAGUGAACGUUGGAAUCAAGACCAAGAAAUGCAGUCAUCCACACCUUUGAAAACCCAGAGAGAAUGGGAACCGGAUUGGACCUUCCACUGA